GGCUCAGGGCGGGCGCAGGCCGGGGGCGGCCACGGGGAACCCCGAGGCCCGCACGGGAAGGGGGCGCUGCCCUUCUCGCGAGUCUCUUGGAAGCUCUUUGGCUGCGCCGGCUUCAAGGCCACCCACCUCCUCUUCCCCCUAGUUGAUGAGACGUCCCUAGGUUUCCUUCCUUUGUUGACCGCUAUGUGAUAUGGUGGACCGAGCCUAGGUUAGGGAGUCCUUAGUCUCCCUAAACGUGGGUUCGAAUCCCUUCCCACGUUUACUAUGAAAUCUCAUUGGAAAACUUAACCUUCCAACAUCUCGGUUUCCCCAUUUGUAAAACGGGUGCGUCCAUACCUUCCUGGAGCUCUGAUGGCGCAGUGGUUAAGAGCUACGGCUGGCAGUUCAAAUCCACCAGCUGCUCCUUGGAAACCCUAUGGAGUAGUUCUGUUCUGCCCUAUAGGGUCGCUAUGAGUCGAAUCGACUUGAAGGCAACGGGUUUAGGGUUUUUCUGUUUGUUUGUUUGUUUUAAUACCUUCUUUACAGGAACGUUGCAGACGGCCUUUGGCAGCAAGCACUCAUAUAGCAUUCACUAUGUGCCAGGCAUUGUUCUGGUACUUUCCAUAUAUCAGCUUAUUUAAUCCUCCUAACACUAGGAGAAAGGUAUUGUUAUCACCCCUAUUUUAGAAAAGGGGAGACCGAGGUACAAAGUAAUUAAAUAACUGGGCUAAUGUCAUACAACUAGUAGUUGACAGAGCCAGGACUCAACCCUCCAAACUACACUGCCUCUUACUGGUGAGAAGGUCUGGGGCAUCCCAAGAAUUACACGACUUUAGGGCUACUGGCAACUACUUCCCCAGCCCACCAAAGGUGUUCUUCCAACCCCACCCUAUGGCUUAGAGUGAUAAUCCAUCUGACCUGUGACUUUGCUAGGGCAAGGGGUUUGCUUUAGCUUUUGCAGUGGUUUAGCAUUUCCUUGGCUCCUUGUAAGUGCCCUGUUCUGUGCUGACCACUGGGUAGAACCCUUAGCCCCAGGGAGUUUACAUGUGAUCCCAGAAACAACUAUACUUAUUCACUUAUUAAAUGUUGAAGCACCUACUGAAAAGAAGAAUGAACUUUCCUUAGCCUCAGGGAGUUUGUGGGCCCAUGGGAGAAGGCGGCAUGGACACACAUUAUCUGAAGGGGUGGACACUGGCUGGAGGAGAGGGAGAUCGGGCAGGCAGAUGGGGAACCCCUUGCAGCUCCAUGUCGUGGGGGGGAUGGGCUGCUAUGAAAUUCUGUAUGGAAGUCUGGGUCUGGAAAUGGGAGCGCCAGCAGGGGCCAACUUGUUCAGGGCAAUGAAGGAGAGUGAUGGGGUAAUGAGGACAAAGGUGCUGGAGAAGAUCCCAAAGAAAGCCCCACACAAGAGCACGUUUGAGGGUGCUCAUUGUCACCUGGUGGGAGCAGAAGCUGAAGGAGGUCUGGGUGUCCAUCCCAGGGACAGUGGAGAGGAAAAAGGUGGGGGAUACUCACAUGGGUGCUAUUCAGCCCAUAGAAGUAAUGGGCGAUAUGUACCCAGAGCAACAUGAAUGAACCUUACAAACACGUUUGGCAAGCACAUACAAACAAAAAGAUGCACAUCAAACACAUUUAAAUAGUUGCCUGUGGUGGGGGCCAUGGAGUGGGGCACAGGGAUAAAAGGGAAUAAACGAAUAAAUAAAACCAAAGAGGUUCCAUCUUGAAUUAAGAAGUAUGAAUAAUUUGCCCCCAUCUGCACCCAAAACCCAAAAAGUGAGGGUUAAAAAAAAAAAAAAAAAGUACCCUAGAGAGAGUCAGAAAGCCUGGGUUCUAAGUAACUUGCUGUGUGACCAUGGGCAAGUCCACCCAUCUGUCUGGGCCUCAGUUUCCAUUUGUAAAGAAAUGAAUUCUCAGGUCUCUUCCAGUCUUGAAUUUUUAUGAGCCAUGAUCAAUAAUCUUAGCCACUUGGUAAAGUAGCCAAUAAAACUUCAUGGAUGGCAGGGCUUGAACCUUGAAGAAUGGGAGGUUUUGGAGAGUCAAAGAAAAGUAGGAGAGUUCUCAGGAAACACUGAAAGCAAAAAGUCACGAGAAUUUCAACAGAUGCCUAUGAAAAGUUGGACCAAUGACUCACUGUAUCAGGCAGGCCUUAGCUCACCUCUCUCCUGGGACUCCCUAGCCUGACUGGUGGUAUCCCCUGGAAUCCGAGCUUGAGUCAGAACCCUUUCAGUCCUUCCCAGUUCUACAUUCAGCCAGUUACCAAACUGUGUCCUCUAAAGAACUCACAAACCUAUCCUCUCCCCUCCAUUCCCGCUACAACACCACCCAAGUCCCAGCUGUUAGAACCUGGACUGUGCUCUUGACCACUUGUCCUCUACUCCUCCAGAAUAUCCUCAAGGCUGACCAGAUGGCUUCCAGACAUACAACCCUCUGAACUUCCAUGGUUCCCCAUGACCUCAGCUGUGGUUCUUCACCCUUGUUCUGCUAUCUUUUAAAUAUAAACACAACCAUCAGCCAUGGAUCUCAAUAUAUACAGUGAUCCUCAUCCAGGCAAGGGGACAGGCCAAGUCAAAAUUCCAAGUUCUCAAGUGAGGGGACUGUUGGAAUCACUGGCCUCUAGGAUGUUGUCAUCAAAUGAUUCAGGGCCCUCUUGACCAGCACCUGCCCACUUCUCCAGCUCCAGUCCCAUCAGUCCCUCCACUUACAAGUUAAGCUCCAGAUGAACAAUUUUUAGUUCCCUGAAUAUGAACAUGUAAGUUCACAGUUCUGUGACCUACCUGGAAUGUUCAGUUUCUCCACUACCACCACUAGGUCAACCUGGUCUGCCUUGCAAAUCCUAUUCACCCAUCAAAAUCCAGCCCAGAUGUCACUCCUCUGAGCAGCUCUCUCUACUUCCUCCUUGGAUAGAUAGACAGACAGACAGACAGACAGAUAGAUAGAUGAUAGAGAGAUUAGAGAGAGAUGAUAGAUAGAUAGAUAGAUAGAUAGAUAGAUAGAUAGAUAGAUAGAUAGAUAGAUAGAUAGAUAGAUAGAUAGAUAGAUAGAUAGAUGAUAGGUAGGUAGGUAGGUAGAUAGGUAGGGAGGUAGGGAGAUUAGAUAGAUAGACAGAUAGACAGACAGACAGAUAGACAGACAGAUAGAUGCAUGCCAUUGAGUUGACUCAUGGCGACCUUAUGUACAACAGACCAAAUUGGCCAGUCUAGCAUUCUCAUGAUCACUAGCAUGUUUGAGUCCAUGGUUGUGGCUACUGUGCCAAUCCAUCUCACGAAGGUACUCCCACACCUUCAUUGACCCUCUACUUCACCAAACAUGAUGUCCUCCUCUAGCACUUGAUCCCUCCUGAUGACACAUCCAAAGAAAGCAAGUCGCACAAUGUUCUGUUAUGACCUGUAAGGUUUUCAUUGGCUAAUUUUCAGAAGUAGGUCACCAGGCCUUUCUUCCUAGUCUGUCUUAGUCUGGAAGCUCCACAGAAACCUGUCCACCAUGGAUCACCCUGCUGGUAUUUGAAAUACCGGUGGCAUGGCUUCCACAUCAUAGCAACACACAAGCCACCACAGUAAUAGAAACACAGGCAGGGGGUGGACUUUCUCCUUACCCAGACAGAAUCAAUCGCCCUCUGCUUGUGCUACCCCUGAACCAUGAAUAUGCCGGUACUUUUUCACUUCUCUUACCAUUUUGUAAUUGAAUGCUGGUCUGUUUCCCCUGAUAGACUGUGAAAUCCUUGAAGGUGUGGAUUGUACUGUGGAUUUGUUAUUGAACCUGCACCUGGCACAGUGCCUCCCACACAGAGGACAAUCGUGGAUAUUUGUUCAACUGAACUUAAUUUCUGUUUGACAGCUGCACUGCACAGCCGGUUCCUCGAUGGAUGAAGAAAGAGAACUGAUCCAGCCCCAAGACCAGAGCUGCUGGGCCACUCUGCCCGAUGUGUGUCUUCGUCGUGUCUUCUGGUGGCUGGGAGACAGGGACCGGUCCAGGGCGGCCCUGGUCUGCAGAAAGUGGAACCAGAUGAUGUAUUCAGCAGACCUCUGGCGAUACAGGACCAUCACAUUCAGCGGGAGACCUUCUAGGGUGCAUGCAUCCGAAUUUGAGUCAGCCCUUUGGUAUGUUAAGAAAUUUGGCCGUUAUCUGGAACACCUGGAGAUCAAAUUCCUCAAUCCUUACAAUGCUGUCUUGACCAAAAAAUUCCAGGUCACCAUGCGAGGCCUCCUCUCCUGUCUGGGCAAGAGUAACAGCCGCCUGAAAUCUCUGUCCAUCCAGCACCUGGAACUGGACCGCGCAGUCUGGAGAAACAGCGUCAGGAGCUUCUUCGUCAAGAGCUUGAGCUUCUUCUUAAAGAAGAUGGGCAAACACCUGGAUUAUCUCAACCUGAAAGGGGCCAGGAUGACGGUGGAACAAGGCUGCCAUGUACUAAACUCCCUGAGCUACUUAAGGAACGAGAGUUUGGCCUCAGAGCUCAACAUCGAGGACUUCUUUAGUCAUCACCUCGCUGUCUACAGCAGCCCCCAGUUCAACAAGACCAUGGCCAUAUUCCGCAACCUGGAGAUCUUGACCCUCAACUACAAUUGUAUCUCUGACGAGCUGCUCGAGAACUUGUGUGAGAACAAUGCCAGCACCCUCUGGACCAUAAACAUCAAAUGCCACAUCCAUGACCCCCAUGGGCAGGUCAUUUGGGGCAUGUCCUGGGCCAAGCUGACCAAGCAUGCUACCAAAUUGAAGAUAAACUUCUUCUUUGAGCGAGUCAUGAAGUACGAGCGCUUGGCCCGGAUCCUCUUGCAGGAGAUCCCGGUCAGGAGCAUCAGUCUGAGAAGCUGCUACUUCAGCGACCCAGACUGGUCCAUGAGGCCCACCCUGAUGGAUCUCCUGCCCACAUUCCGGCACACCCUGCAGAAAUUAACUUUUGAGUUCAACAACAACCAUGAGUCACUCGAUGAAGAGCUGCACCUCCUCAUCUUAUCCUGCAGGAAGCUAUUUUACUUCAAAAUCUGGGCUUUCCUCAAUGUUAAGUUUGUGGAGCGGAUCCUGAAGAGUCAGGAAGAGAGGCAGUGUUCCCUGCGCACACUCAAGGUGAGAAUUUAUACAAACAGAUAUGAGACGAAUGAGGAGGACAGGACGCUGCGGGAAAUUUACAGGAAGUACCGAAAGCUGAUCGAUUCAGAGCUGAACUAUUUUGUCAUCGCUUACCCAAUGAUGUAAGAAGCACUCUGCAGAGGAAGAAAGCUAGCGCACUUUGGACUUUAAAAUCUGAUCUGACUAGGACUACACUUGGGGCAUUUCUACCCUCCUUUACCCCUUUUGCUUUUCUUUCUCCUUUUUUGCCAGUUCCACGCCAACAUGAACUGCCCAGCAAAGGCUAGGGCUACGGGUGCUGCCAAGGCCCCAGGUGAUUUUAAAGUGCGGUCUUUACCAACUCUCCACAGGUGAUUUUUUUUUUUCUGUCAUUUGGUUUUGCUUUUUGACACCCUCGCUCAGCCACAGAGCUAAAAACCCAAAGCCACUCAGAGCAUCUUCUUACUAGGCGACCCUGGCUCCUGUAAACCUGUGCUCCUGAAACCAAAAAAAAAAAAAGCCAAACCCACUGCCAUCAAGUCCAUUCCGACUCAUAGCGACCCUAUGUAGCAACUGUGCUCCUGAAAAGGUGUAUGUAAACAGCCAUUGGGAGUCCCCGGGUGGUGCAGAAGGUUAAGGUGCUCAGCUGCUAACUGAAAGGUUGAAAGUUUGAGUCCCCCCAGAGGCACCUCGGAGCAAAGGCCUGGUGAUCUCCUUCCCAAAGGUCAGCCGUUGAACACCCUAUGGAGCAUAGUUCUACUCUGCACACACGGGGUCACCGUGACUCGACAACAACUAGAAAUAUUUUCUCUUAGUUCAUAGGUGAUUUUUUUUUUCAGAAUAAUAGAAACUCCUCAUUAAAACAAAAAACUAGCUGCCAUCUACUGGGUAUCUAUUACAUCAGGCACUGUGCUAGGUGCUUUACCUACAACAUCUCGCUUUAUCUUCACAAACAACCUCAAGGCGGAGGCAUCCACAUCUGAAGACAGGCCAGGAAAAAGAUCAAAGAGGCUCAGUGCCCAAAGGCACACAGCUACCGGUAACAGAGCUGGAAUUUGAACUUCAUAUAUUGUACAGCGGCUGAGGCGGCAUCUUG